UGUUUUUAUUCUGCUCCUGACACAGAGUUACGCGCGACGAGAUUUUGCAUGGCUGGAUUUUACUUUUUUUUUUUUUUUAAAGAAAGCGAAAAAAAAAGUAUUUUCCUUACCUAAUGAAAUCAUAUAUCUACAACUUUGGACGGAGAAGAAAACGCUUGCAAAAGAGACGGCGACUUUCUAGUUCGGUGGACUGAAGCUUGUCUUCCGUGGUGUAGUUUCUUUUUUGUGUUGUCGGCAUAACGCUCCUUCUAAAACAAAAAUGAUUUUGUUACAGUCUGUCUGCCUGUUGCUUCUCGUUGGCCCGUGUAUUCCCCAGUUCGUUUUUCCACUCCGAAGAUCCAAGGAAAAGUUUCGCAUUCCUGUGGAAUUAAAUGUUACCACUUCUAAGGCUGAAGGCGUCGCUUUAGACGGGCUUUCCUUGGCUUCUGACCCUGCCGGACAAGUUAACUUUUUUACAAUGGUGAACAAUCUAGAAGGAGACGCUAGUAAUGGCUAUUACAUCGAAAUGUCAAUAGGAUCACCGGCACAAAUGCUGAAUAUAUUAGUUGACACUGGGAGCAGUAACUUUGCUGUCGCUGGUGCUCCUAACCCUGAUAUUACCAACUACUACAAUUCAAAACUAUCAACUACAUAUCAAAGCAGUGGAAUUAAGGUCUCAGUCCAGUACACACAAGGAAGUUGGGUGGGUGAGCUGGGUAAAGAUAUCAUUACCAUUCCAAAAGGACCCACCAAGCCUAUGACAAUCAACAUUGCUAUAAUUCUGGAAUCAGAGGACUUUUUUUUACCAGAAGUUGCCUGGCAAGGCAUUCUUGGUUUGGCUUACAAAGUGCUAGCUAAGCCUGACAGCUCAGUUGAGCCUUUCUUUGACUCUCUCGUCAAUCAAACAGGGAUUCCAAACAUUUUCUCCCUACAGAUGUGCGGAGCAGAAACCACCUCAUCAAUUUCUACUGACCCUUUAGGAGGAAGUCUGAUUAUGGGAGGAAUAGAGCCUACGUUAUACACAGGAGCUGUCUGGUACACCCCAAUAAAGGAACAGUGGUAUUAUCAAGUUGAAGUUUUGAAGUUGGAAGUAGGAGAUCAAAAUUUGAAUCUGGACUGCAGAGAGUACAAUACUGACAAGGCAAUUGUCGACAGUGGAACUACACUUUUGCGACUUCCUGGAAAUGUAUUUAAUGCUGUGGUGGAUACCAUUAUCCGUACAUCCUUGAUUUCACAGUUUCCUGCUGGCUUCUGGACUGGUGACAAGUUGGCCUGUUGGGAAAAACAAAGCAUGCCAUGGGAUUACUUCCCUAAAAUCUCCAUUUACCUAAGAGACAUGAAUGUUAGCCAGUCUUUCAGGAUUUCGAUUCUUCCACAGCUCUACAUACAAGUAGUUACAGAAAUUCAACCAUCUCUCACUUGUUACCGCUUUGGUAUCUCCCCAUCUGCCAGUGGAAUGGUGAUUGGUGCAACGGUUAUGGAGGGAUUUUAUGUGAUUUUUGACCGUGCCCAAGAAAGGGUUGGAUUUGCUGUUAGUACGUGUCCAGGAAAUGGUGGAACCCCUCAGUCUGAGAUUGCAGGGCCCUUUGUGACCUCUGAUGUUUCUGGCAAUUGUGCUACUGUGCCAAUGCUGCGUGAGCCACUUCUGUGGUUCAUCUCUUAUGCCCUAAUGGGAGUAUGCGCGUUCAUUCUUCUCAUUCUAAUUAUUGUACUGUUAGUGCCAUGUCAUAAGUGUUGUAGAGGUUCAGAUGGAGUCAAUGAUAAAUCUUCUCUAAUUCAGAACCGCUUUAAGUAAUUAGUUCAUGUGAUUAAAUGAAAUACAGGCCAAACACUGAACAUUUGUAUAUGAGAAAUCAUUAAGUGCAAUAUGAAAACAGAAAUUACCAUAAACUCUGUGUGAGAAACUGAAGGAGAUACAGUUAACCUCAAAUCAGCCUGGGAUGACUGCGAGCUUUUGGCUGAGUGUGGAGUGUUUAAUUUGAAAAAAGCAUCUUGCGUGUAACCUGAAAUGGAUUAAGAGUUGGUACCAGACUAUUCAGCAUAGCAGAUAUCUUUUUUUGGGUAGAUCUAACAAUGACCUUGACCGACUUUCAUCAACAUCUCUGUUGGUUUCAUUUAAAAUUAUUUUCUGUUCUUAUGUAAAGAAUACAUUUUCAAACGUUAUUUAUUCCAUUUGUAUACCCUUUAAAAAUAUAAUAUGUAAAAGGCUGCUACCAGAAGAAUACAAAGGGUUCACUGACAUUUAGGUAUGUGACUUUCUAAAUUAUGGGUUUUAAUGUCAAAGCUGACUGUAUAGGGGAACCAAUACAUCUGAAAGCUGUUGCUAGUAUUUACAAUACAUGACUGUUUGGGGAGAGAAUGCCCCUCCGUUUAAAGUAUCACUCAUAAUGUUAAUGUAAGCUUAGUAAAGUACUUAAUCAUAAUCUAAGUUUUAAGAAUUUUCUUUACCAGUUAUAUUCUUAUGAGACCUUAAUUUUGCAUUGUUUUUGUCUGUUCAACUGUUGUGUUUUUAAUAAAGAAUGGUCUCUCUCAGGAUUUUUCAGCAAAGAAUUAUUAAAUGUUAAAAUAAAUGGUUGUAAUUUUCCAAAUCAAAAGAAAAAUAAAUGCACAGUUGAGAAACCUACAUUUAGAAUAGUCGUAUAUCCUAAAUUAAUAUAUUUGAUGAUGCAGCCAUGUUUGUUUUUUAACCUAUGUGUCUUAAUUUUUAUUAUGAAGUAAACAUUUUGUUAUUAAAGUUUAAUUACUGUUUGAAAUGUGUUAAAUUUUCAGUGUAAAAUAAUAUACUUUUAUGUGAUAAGUAUAAAGUGUCUAAGGCAAUGUAAUGAGUUUCCAUAUAAAAUAUUGGUGGUAGUUUAAUCUUGCUGCAAUAAAAGAAAGAAAACCUGCA